GAUAAAAUGAUUAUUAUUAAGAUCCAAUAAGGAUUGAUUUGUUUUAAAAAAUGAAUAAUAUAGGUGUUAAUUAAUUUAAAUUAAUAGAUUGAUGAGCAAAAAGAGCGAAAAAAAAAAGCAAGAAAAAAUAAUAGAAGAUAGAACAUUUGGUUUAAAAAAUAAGAACAAAAGUAAAUAGGUGUAAAAGUAAUUGUUAUAAUUAUAUAAUUGUAGUUUUUGCAAAGGAGUAGCUCAAUAAGUGAAACAUAGUGGAGUUUCUUUGUCAAAAUUACAAUCAGAGGAAUAUGAAAGGAAAAGAAUAGAGAAGUAAUUGGAAGAGGAAGAGAGAUUGAUAUAAUCACUUUAUAAAACAGUAGAAAAAGUAAAAGAAGAAGAAUCUGAAGAAGAAGUAGAUCCAAAAUCAAUAUUAUGUGAAUAUUACAAAUAAGGUAGGUUGAUAUGAUAAGGUUAGGUCUUUGUUAGAAAGGUAAGAAAUGUAUGUAUUCACAUGAUAUGAGUUUGGAAUAAAAGACUGCAAUACUUGAUUUAUAUACAGAUUAGAGGGAAUAAUUAGGUGAUGAAUGGGAUACAUGUUAAAAUUGGGAUGAGAAGACUUUGAAAGAUAUUGUUGAAGCUAAUGAAAAAACAUAUAAAAGGUAUAGAUUUUUGGAAUAUAAUAGUUAAAUUCCAUCAGCAAAAGUUUGUGAUUAUUUUUUAGAUGCUUUAGAAAAAGGUAAAUAUGGAUGGAGAUGGGUAUGUCCUAAUGGAAUGACUUGUCAUUAUAAACAUUGUCUUCCUUAAGGAUAUGUCUUUAGAAAAAAAGAAGAACCAAAAUAAAAAUAAGAAGGUGAUCUGGAAGAAGAAAUAGAUGAAUAAAUUUCUAACUUACAAAAAGGUGGAACUAAAAUUACAAAGGAAGUUUUUGAAAAAUGGAAGCAAGAAAGAAAUGAAAAAAAAAAAUUAGAAGCAGAAAAAUAAAAAUUAGAAGAAUAGAAGAAAAAAGGUAGAAAAUUUAUAUCCAUAAAUUAGGAGCAAAAUAAGCAGGAAAUAAUUCAUAAAUGACAGGAAGAGCUUUAUUUGUUUAUGAUCCUGGCUUAUUUAUUGAUGAUGAUGAGGCAGAAAAAGAUUAUGAAAGAGAAGAAUAAAUUGAUUAAAAUGAAGAAGAAGAAGAUGAUCAAAAUAAAUAAAAAUUAUAUGAAGGUGAUGAAAAUUAAUAAUUAGAUGAAGAUGUUGAUUAAUAAUUUAAAUAGUAAUAAUAAUGA